AUGCCCCCCGUAUCUAAAACGUGUCAGAGUUGCGCGGAUUCCAAGGUGCGAUGUGUCCGGGAUACCGAUGUCGCCGCGUGUAAACGGAAGAUCGCAGCUCUUGAGUCAAAGAUCAAUGAGCUUAAAGCUGGGCGUGUUGGCCUAGAAGACAAUGACAACAACACGAGCACGCGCAGCGCAUCAUUAGCUGAUGGCGAUGCUGCACUUGAAGACAUCAUCAGCCGAGAUUUACUUGACAUCGAGACCGCCGAAAGGUAUCUAAGCACAUUCAAGGCCAAACUGACCCCACACUUCCCAUUUGUGGUUGUGCCCCCUGAUGUAUCUGUCGAACAGCUCCGCCGGGAGAAGCCGUUCCUAUGCUUAGCAAUCCUUGCAUCAGCUUCGUACGAGAAUAUGCCACUGCAACGGGCUCUAGGGGACGAAGUCAAGAAAGUCGUCGCAUCACGUAUGGUCAUCGGCGGGGAAAUCUCCUUUGAGUUGCUGCAAGGACUGUUGGUGUUCCUCGCAUGGUAA